AUGGACCCGGGCAGCGCCGCGAGGGGAGCGGGAGCUGCCCCCGCGCCCCUGGGCGCCUGCAGACCCUUCCCCUCCUCCUGCGGCUGCUGCUUCUCCUCGCUCCUGGAUGUGAACGGCUGGCUGCUCGGCUGGCUGCUCUUCUACGGCUUCUUGUACCUGGCCCUCUAUGCCCAGGUGUCCCAGUCCAAGUCCUGCGACAAAAUCUCCUGCUUCGCGGGUCAUUGUGUCAACUCCACCUGUGUCUGCGACCAGGGCUGGGUGGGAGACCAGUGCCAACAUUGCCAGGGCAGGUUCAAGUUAACAGAACCUUCUGGAUUUUUAACAGAUGGACCAAUAAAUUAUAAAUAUAAAACUAAAUGUACAUGGUUAAUUGAAGGACACCCAAAUGCAAUACUAAGAUUAAGAUUUAAUCACUUUGCCACAGAAUGUAGUUGGGACCAUAUGUAUGUAUAUGAUGGAGAUUCAAUAUAUGCGCCUUUAAUAGCUGUAUUUAGUGGCCUAAUAGUCCCUGAAGUGCGUGGAAAUGAAACUGUUCCUGAAGUUGUUACUACAUCUGGCUAUGCAUUGCUACACUUUUUUAGUGAUGCUGCUUAUAACCUAACAGGAUUUAACAUUUUUUACUCAAUUAAUUCUUGUCCUAAUAACUGCUCAGAACAUGGAAAGUGUACAACCAGUGCGUCCCUACCAAGCCGGGUGUACUGUGAGUGUGACAAGUACUGGAAAGGAGAAGCCUGUGAUAUUCCGUAUUGUAAAGCCAACUGUGGCAGUCCAGACCAUGGGUACUGUGACUUGACAGGCGAGAAGCUGUGUGUUUGCAAUGAUAGCUGGCAAGGUCCAGAUUGUUCUUUGAACGUCCCUUCCACGGAGUCUUACUGGAUUCUACCAAAUGUGAAGCCCUUCAGCCCUUCUGUGGGCCGGGCUUCCCAUAAGGCAGUCCUCCACGGGAAAUUUAUGUGGGUGAUUGGUGGAUACACUUUUAACUACAGUUCAUUCCAAAUGGUGUUGAACUACAAUUUGGAAAGCAGUAUAUGGAAUGUUGUACCUGUAUCCAAAGGGCCACUCCAGAGAUAUGGACACACUCUUGCUUUAUAUCAGGAAGAUAUUUACAUGUAUGGAGGCAAAAUUGAAACAAAUAACGGCAAUGUUACUGACGAGCUGUGGAUUUUCAACAUACACAGUCAAACAUGGAGUACCAGAACUCCUGCAGUACUUGUACAUGGCCAGCAAUACGCUGUGGAGGGUCAUUCGGCACACAUAGUGGAGUUGGACAGCAGAGAUGUGGUUAUGAUCAUAAUUUUUGGAUAUUCUGCCAUAUACGGUUACACAAGCAUUGUGCAAGAAUACUACAUCAGGUCUAAUUCUUGGCUCGUACCAGAAACAAAAGGAGCAAUUGUGCAAGGUGGAUAUGGCCAUACUAGUGUCUAUGAUGAAUUGACAAAAUCUGUUUAUGUCCAUGGUGGAUACAAAGCAUUACCUGGCAAUAAAUAUGGGUUGGUGGAUGAUCUUUACAGAUAUGAAGUUAAUACCCGGACAUGGACUAUUUUGAAAGAGAGUGGUUUUGCAAGGUACCUUCAUUCAGCUGUUUUAAUCAAUGGAGCUAUGCUCAUUUUUGGUGGCAACACUCAUAAUGAUACUUCCCUGAGUAAUGGUGCAAAGUGCUUUUCUGCUGACUUUCUGGCAUAUGAUAUAGCUUGUGAUGAAUGGAAGAUUUUACCAAAACCUAAUCUGCAUCGAGAUGUCAACAGAUUUGGUCACUCUGCUGUUGUCAGUAAUGGGUAA